CAUAUUCCACGAUCGGAUGGACGAUUUCAAAUAAUAAGAACGACCAAUAAAGAUCAGACUUUAGUUUUACGUCACGAACACGUGUGUCAGUGGGCGUCAUAAAGUAAAGGAGUGAGUAGCAUGCCUGCAGUGUAGAGAUGUGUAGCUGCUUUGACCGGACACAUCGUCAUACUGAAUCUUGUGCUUUUCAUUUCAUGUUUACAUUAAUUUCUUCUAGAAAAAACAAUAUAAAUAUGGGUUUUGCCUUAAGAAAUUAUAUAUUUAUCAUAAUUUCUAUCACGUCGAUAGUUUGUGGUGUGAUAAAUACGCAGGAUGUAGAUGUUAAAGAAUCAUCAUCGAAUCAAGAUAGUGAAAGCCAUACAUUUCAUCCAUCCGUACCAGUUUUAUCACAAAUGGAUUACGAGAUACUCGGCACCAAUGGUUUUAGUAUUACAGACGUCACUCAGAAUUCGAACUUCAGCAACACAAUAAGAAAAGAAAUGGAGUUACACAAAAGCGAACAAAGCUCAUCUACGACCAAAGAUAACAGAAAGCAAAGCAAAAAAGUAGCCAAGAAAAUUCUAAAUAAAAAGAUUAACGAAGAAACAGCAACACAAUCUCGCGAACAAUUCACGAUUUCUGAAGAAUUCAGGCUAAAUUUCACUUCGCAAAACACCAGCGAUGCUCAGAACACUACCAGCCCAUUAUUAGAACUGAUAACGUACUUCACCACUUUUUCAUACGAGCAGACAACUAACCAUACGGUAUCGAAUGAAGAAUCGGAGUCAAACACAUCGAUCGAUCAAUGGAGCGAUCCUGUAGACGAUAACAUCACGUUAAGUAACCACACAAACGCAUCAAAUUCUUCGAGUCAUAGGACAGAAAAUGCAACAAGCCCGGAAGAAAUUACUACUUACAAAACUUUAUACACAGACGGACCGAAUAAUUGGACAAUCAAAGAAGAACCAGAAGAAAUCACAGAGAACUUGACACUUUCUACAACUACGGAUUUCCAAUUUAAUAAAGAAGAAGAAUCGACAUCCACCAUCGCUGCAGCCACUACAAAAAAUGUCAUCCAAUCUACAGAAGAGGCUUCAACGUUGACUGACGCUAAUCAGACACCUUAUACAAGGACGACAGAAUUAAGAAAGACUACUACUGAAGUCCACGUAGACGACAACACCACCCCUCCUCUGGAUGUCACUUCGACCACUUCUACAGAAAGGCCUCAAAUGUUAGUCAAUAUGUCCGGACAGAUCAGGAUUAUUCGUGGAAUGAUAUGGAUGUAUCAGUUAAAUGAUAAAAUGUCCGCCGAGUAUCAGUAUUAUUCUCGAAAAGUACAAAGAAUGUUACAAGAAAUGUUUUGGCAAACUUGGUUAGCUAAACAUAUCAAGAAGAUAUCUGUACAGAAAUUCAGAAGAGGGAGUGUCAUGGUAGAUUUCAACCUUUUGGUGAAAACUGAUAAGCACGUGGAAGCUCAACAAAUGGAAAUUUUGUUUAACAGUUAUCUUCUACCCGAUGGUGGAUUUGGUGGAUUUCAAAUGGAUCGACACUUUACUAAAUUUCAAAUAUUCGAACCGGAGUUGAAAGAAGCGAUCACACACGAUCCUGAUGAACGUAGCAUUCCACAAUGGGCGACAGCUUUGAUCGUUAUUGCUGGUGCUUCUUUAGUUUUUGUCAUCAUUUUUGGGAUUGUUACGGUGUACGGAAAUUGUACUUCGAUUUUUGGAAGAAACCAUCGACGAUUGCAGGAAGAAACGGGAAAUAGUUUCAAACAGAAUGAUGAGAAAUGUAAAGAUUGGGAAAGCAAAGUUACCUCAGCUUAUGAGAAUUUGGCAGCUGAUGGAAUUUACGAUUUGGACGAUGUGGGUGACAAAAACGUCAAGGCUAGUGACAAAUGUAAAAGAAAACUUGAAAAUACACAAGCCUGACCUGCUGUAACAUAAGAAUCAACAGAUGUGGAUAAAAUUAGACUGGACACUUACAAAAGUUGCUCUUCAGUUGUCACAUUGUUUUAAGAGGAGACCUGUAUUCAAAAGGAAAAGAGAUGAGUCACGUCGUCUCAUGAAUGGAAAUUACAUAUUACUGCGUGCUUGUACCCUUGAUAAUAAAUUUGAUCCGGAGAAAAAAAAAAAAAGACCGAUACCGUUCUUUACUUCAUUUAGUUAUCGUAUUCAUGUUAAAUUUAUAGAAUCUAGAGUAGAUGAGUCUCUGUAAAAAGUUAUGAAGUUGCUUCACAGGAUAUUUGUGAACAUUUCAAGUUUGUUCUUUUUAGCUUUUAUGUGCACUUGGUACAAGAAUGCAGUAUCAACUUUGGCACAACUUAAAUAUCAUUA